AUGCUAGACGUGUAUAUCUUUGACGAACGUGUCAACCAAAUAUUUGUCGCAUCCAUCGACGAAAAUGCGACUAUCUCCGACCUCAUUGCUAAAUGUAAAACUGAACGAAAGAUAUCUGAGAAAGCGUCGUUGAUCGAAUUAUACCCACUGGAGAAUGUCGUAUAUAGUGAAGACAUCGACUUCGACGACAAGUGGGUCGACGACAGGCAACCCUGUUUGUCAUUCGAUCCUGUAAACGCGUUUGUGGCAUCCACACUCGAGUACUCUGACCUGCCAUUGGUGUCAUUCUGCCUUGUAAUAGCGCCUGACGACGCGGCUGGCCAUCUGUCGGAUUACAGUAAUGAGCAAGAAGAAAUGUCCAUGGUGCUACAGAAUUUCCUUCGUGCGGUCGAGGCCGCGAAGUUCGAGACGGAUCCUCCAUCCAAGGAGAUUACCGUCGACAAUUGGGAAUCCGAGCAUAGGGGCGCAACGGGACGUCCCUACCACUUCCUCGGACAUCCGAUUGGCAUAUAUGCACCCAUAUUCGAAGACUUCAAAGUCGCUCUGAAGACCACCACGCCUCUCGACUCGAUCACCCCGAAGCAGUGUGAGCUUGCCCAUGCCCUUAUUCAGGAGGCCAACGAAAUCGACAUCGAAAACAGCGAACGCCGCAAAAGGAUCAUGUCUAUCGUCAACCAAUUGUUAGGCAGGGUCGCAGUUCGUAUUCUCAACAACGACGAUAGUUCUGAAGACGGGUGUAUAUUGGUUCCAACGGGAAAGGAGAAGAUACUUCUCGUGGAAGCUGCGUUCUUUGACCUCCGUCCCGAUAUUACAGUUGGAUACAAACAUGCCAAUCUCCAUAUUGCGGAGAUAGCAAGAAGAGCCUGGAUUCAGGACGAGCGCAAACAUCUGCGCAACGUCAGCUGCUGCCCAUCGUUCCUUAUCAUGAUCGCAGGACCGUUCAUCCACGUUUUUGGUAUCAUCUUUGCCAGAGAGCCAACGACGGAAUCAUUUACAGGAUUCAUCUCGAUCGAAAUAAACAACCAUCCAUUAGAAAAGCGCAUUGAAAGGGUGGUGCACCUCUUUCAAUGCCUGAAAGACAGCAUCUCGGCGCUCGAGUUAUAUUAUUGGGAUCUUACCUUGGACCAAACCCCAAUGCCGAGAGCUCGCUUCCCCGAUACCACUUCUCUGCCGUUAGAUGGACACCAGCUCGAGUUUCGACGUCUCCUUCUCCAGGGCGACGCAGGCCGGACAACACCGAUCUUCCUAGGAAUGUUUGAUUCCAAACCUUGCGUCGUCAAAUUCGAUCACACCUAUGGCAUAGAAGCACACAUGGUCCUCGCCAAGGAACACCUCGCCCCAGAGUUGUUUUACCACACCCAGAUCUAUCAUGAAAGCUUUUGA